AUGAACAACCAACAGCCGCAAAUCCCACCCGAGGCGCAGUCAAAUGGAAUUACCCCGCGCAAGCGCCGCCGGGCCAAAAUCGCCUGCGAGCCGUGUCGCGAGCGCAAGCGGAAAUGCAACGCCCGACUGCCAUGUGAAACGUGCAUCCAGUACGAAUACGACUGUUUUUAUGCCGAGACCAAAAGGGCCAAACCAAGACUGUCGUCGAGUGUGCCAGAGCAGCUCCAUGCGUCCCCUCAGUCGGAUGGCACUGUCGCUACCACCGCGGAGAGCGGCAAAAAGCAUGACCCCAAGCAGCCACCGCAGGGCCCUUUCCUUGGUCAUCACCGACAGAAGCAGCCCGAGACAUCGCUGGCCACUGUGAAUAAUAGUAAUAAUAAUAGCAAUAGCAAUCCAAGCACCCACCUGCAGUCCCUCGAGGCAAACUCUGGCGCUGCUUUUGUGAGACGGUUGGGCCUGAAAAUUGAUCCGUCUAAUGCGCCACGGCUUCAUCUCUUUGCGUGGAAUGUUGGAGAUCGACUGGCCGGCUGCCCGUCUGGGACGCCAAAAAAUAUAACCAGUAUUCUAUCCAAAAACGAGAUGAUACAUCUGGCAUCUGUCCACUUUGACAAAGCCGCGGAGGUGUACGGAUUUAUUGACCGUGUCGUCUUCUUUCAGCGUCUGGAGGAACGAUGGCGGAACCCGACAGUGAUUACCACUUACGAUCCUGUGCUAUGCGGUGUGGCAGCUAUGGGAUUCCUUUUUACCCAGAAGUUCCCCGCCAUCGUAGAGCCGGACUUGGUGGAAACUGCGCGAGCGUUGCUAGAGCGGCAUUCACGGUCCACGCCGCCGUCGAUGGAUACUGUGACCGGCUGGUUGGUGCUCGUGGCUUACCUUCGAAUGUCCUCAUUGCCACACACGACCUGGUUGGCGAGUUGCUCGUUGAUGCACGUCGCGGAAGCGGCAAACAUACAUCUCGAGUCGCCGUCCAAUACCAUUUUCGACAGGUCAUCGGAAGAUAUCGACGUGGAUAGUCGUCGCCGCCUGUGGGGACUGUCUCUGCACCUACAUAUAUGGGCUUCCUUUGACCUCGGCAGAACAAAAAUCACCAUCCCAGGGGCAUCCACGAAACCCGUGGCACCAAAGCCGGGAAAUUACACGUCACAGAUUUUGAGUUUUUUACCGUUGACGGACGAACUCGAUCCCAACAAGACUCGCACGGUCGAGGACCUGGAAGCAGACAUGGCUCAGGUUCUAGCCGAAGAGUGCGACCAACCCUGCGUCGUAUUGUGCCAGGUCAAUCUCUUGUUAUGUAUCUUCCGGCGACUGCGGGCACAAAAAUCGAAUAUGCUAAAUCUCCAGAUGGAUCGUAUCCUGGAAUUAGCCAUGAAAGGAGUGCGCGCUGCUGACCAGCUGGUGGACACAAUUAGUCCCUGGCAUCACACCUCCAAUAUUCCGUUCCAGGUGAUUUGUCUUUUGCUUUCGAUUGAUAACCGCGCUUCGCUUUCGUUGUUGGGGGAUGCGAUGCGUUGCCUUCAGAGAGUUGCAAUGAUGUGGGAUACCCCUGUUAUGCGGGAAGCAUAUAACACGGCAUAUCUGCUCAUCCUCCUACAUCAGCGAUGCAAGGAAGAGGAUGCCAAAACGCUUCGUGAUGUUCUGGGCAUACAACAGACUGCACCUGCCAUGACAUCGCACUCUACUUCUUCUGCGUACCCGAUUAGUAGUAGCAACGACAACAAUAGCCACUACAAUAAUAGCACCUUUCAGCAGCAGCAGCAACAGCAACAGCAACAGCCGACGACGGCGGCCACGACUGCUGAUUCUGCCGAAUUUCUAUGGCUCGAAGAUCUAAUCGCUGAUAUGCCGAGUUUAAGGGAAUUUGAUCUGGGGCAGUUCCUAGUCCAGGACGCGUCCCAGCUGCAGGAUGUUGGCGUUAUGGGCGGUAAUUUUGGGGCGGAAUCCUUGUUGGGGUGA